GACAAGAUGCUGGGCCUAAUUUCGCUGCGAGUUGAAGCGGUUAAGCGCCAGGGUUGGUCGGCAUCGUGACAAUUGCCAGGUUGCUUGCCAGCCAUAAGUGCGCCUCCCGCCCGCCUGUGUUUCACUCCCUUUCCGUCUCCGCAUAAUUGAGGAACCACUCGCUUUUCCCCUUCAAUUUUCCCGCGCGAACUCGUCGUUGCACACACUCAUUUAUCGCUUCACUCUUUUCAUUCCGUCUUUGCUGUAAUCCACACACGCCCUUCCUUCUAAUUUACCCUCUAUCCAUCCCAAAAUGCAGUUCAAGGCUAUCGUUGUGUCGGCCGCUAUGGCCGCCUCGGUCGCAGCUCAGAAGGACUAUCCCAAGGAGUGAGUAGUCCCCAGCCGGCCCACAAAACACCAAAUGCGCUCAGAGGAUAUACAACUCAUACACCAGUUACCACUGCGCAUCCGACAAGAAUAUAAAAAAAGAGAAAAUAGAUCAAAUAUUGCAGCGACUAACCAACCCUACAGAGUCAAGGAGUCCGUUUUGGACGUUCUCGCUCACGCGCUCCCUACCUCUGCCGUCGCCGCCGCCAUCUCCAACCAGCCUGCCUUCAUCUCUGAAAUCGCAUCCGCCGUCUCUGCCGGCCAGACUCCCAGCUGGUACGGAGCUCUCCCCACCGACGUCAAGGUUAUCUUGGCCGAGUUGUACCCUGUGGCUACCGCCGCGCCUUCCUCGUCUUCUGCUGCUGUCUCCUCUUCGUCCUCCUCUGCGUCCUCGACCCCAGCUCCAUCUGUUUCUGUAACGAGCUCCGCUUCGUUCGUCGCAUCCACUGGCGCCACCAUCUCUUCCGGCUCAAACUCCACUUCGGUGACUUCCAUCAACUCCCCGACUUUGUCUGCGCCAUCCUCGCCCCCUGCUUCCUCCAACACUGCACCACCUGCCAACCAAAACGGCGCUGCUGCCGGUUUCUCGACCCACGUUCUGGGUUCCAGCAUCGCUGGCGCCUUGGGCGUCGUUGCCAUGCUCCUCCUGUAAAGCGGCACACUGCGAUAUCCCUAGGGUAGGGUAGCGCACGAGAAAAUGGGGUUGGAGUUCCAGGGGGUGGCGCACUCGGCUUCAACCUUCUGUUUAUGAUGCAACGUUGUUUUUUGACCUAUUUCUUUGGGGACCGGUCUGGCGAGAUACCUUUUGCUGUUUUUGUUCUG